CUUGAAUGAUGUUCUAUACCGUAUAUAGAAUAUGUAACCCAGGUUAUCUGGCAUGUACCAAAACUUUAACGACUAUUUAUGGCUCUUAAAAAGAACUUUAAACCAUCUGUAUUUUGGAAGCACACAUGUGACCUUGGCAAUCCCAGGUCCCUUUGGAAGUUGAAGUUUUAGAAAAUCAACACUAAGCGUUUGACACGCCGAACAAACUCCAAAAUGAAUGUCUCACACGGAAUAUUUAACCGGACCAUCUCUACAGCCAAGAAUCCCUUGGAAAGCGUGCGAGGAUGCUGCAACUUCUCGGUGAUCACGAGCGACGGCUUCGGCGCGCCGCUGCAGGAGGAACGCGACCAGUUCAUCAUGCGUCUGGUGCAAAUAGCGGUUCUCUGUGUGCUCUCACUGACUGUCAUUUUCGGCAUCUUUUUCCUCGGCUGCAAUCUGCUCAUUAAGUCCGAGAGUAUGAUAAACCUGCUGGUGGAGGACCGCAGACCUUCAAAAGAUGCGGAAAUUAUCAUGAUCGCUGCAUGAGUUAAUGUGUCAUUAAUCUCACUAUAGUGACUUAACAGAAAGAGACUGAUGGCAAGUGAGGGUUUGAUCUUCCUGCCAACUAGAUGGAAUUUUUUCACAUUUGAUCCUGGACCUCAGCCUGCAUGUUGCUGACAAUGGAUGUUCUCUAGACCGGUUCUUGUCUGUUAAAUGUCUUGCGUCUCCACUUUCCACAGUUUUUAAAACUUCAUUAAGGCAACUGAAAUCAUGAGCAGAGAAAGAUGAGACAUACAUUCAUUAAUCCAGCUUGAAACAGCGGAUGGACAUGAAAAAUUAACAUUUUGUGAAGAAUGUACAUCUCUCUCUCUCUCUCUCUCUCUCAAAGUGGGCUCCUUUGCUGAAUAAUUUGCAUCUUAUGAGUCCAUGGAAAUAAUUGGGUUUUUCUUUAUGGGUUUUAGAAAGAUCAUUGUAAACUUGCAUGUAAAUGGAUUAAAAAUAAAUUAAAGUUCUAAAACAAUGUUUUGGGAUCAUUCAACCUUCUUUGGCGAAGAACUGGAUUUCUUCUGUCUAUCAAUAUAUAAAAGAAUAUAAACAUAACAUAACUGUUUAC